AUGGAAUAUUUUAGUGAUCCUUACAAGCCAGAUAUGGCCAAGCUCAUAAUACUACUCAAAUUAAUAGAAGAGGGGUUUUAAACAGGCACACUAAGUAAAGAACAAACAAAAGAUUAUUACGUGCAGCAUUUCGCAUUUCAGAGAUUGGAGAUGAUCGAAAAUUUUACCAAGGCAAAUGAUCCAAUGGCAAUCUUAGAGCGGUUUGCUAAAAGUUCAAAUAUGUACAUAUAAAACGGAAUGCAAGAAAGAGAUUAAAUGCAUGUGAUUAAUAAACCUUUUAGAAAGUACUAAUUCAAAAUUUAAGAUGAAGAGCUGCUAAAAUAUAGACCGAUUCAAGUUAAAGAUUUAAAAAUUGAAGAGGUUCAUUAUGGGUCAUAUAUCGAAUUGAAGAUAGAUGGAAAACCAGCAUUUUUAAAAUCUUUUCACACAGUAUGUGUCGAUGCUAAUCUAAUUCCUAUCAAUUUAGAUGCAUAGCUUUAACAUAUGGUUAGAUGCAGCUUUGAAAAAAUGGACCAUAAGUAUGAUAUCAGACAUUUCUAAGAAGGUCAAAAAUUUGUUGUCCUUAAUCCCUAUUUCAGAUUCGGGGCUGAAUGUCACCCAUUCAUUAAAGUUGAUGACUCAGAAUAGUUGAUUUUUCUUGAUUAAAAUGAUAAAUUUGAGCAAUAUAUCAAGAGAGCAUAGCUAAAAUCUUAAGGUUACAUCAACACAUAGCAAUACGAAAAAGCUGUCAUUGAUAGCAAUAAAUGUUUAGAAAUUGACCCAGAAUCUAUGAAAAAUUUAUUCAGAAAAGCUAAAGCUCUCUCUUAACUUGGUUAAGAAUAGGAGUCACUUUAAAUUUUGAGUAAUUUGAAUCCUACUCUUCAUAACGAAGAAAUUUUAUCAUUCAUUAAUGAUGUUUAAGAAAGAAUAUAGCAAUAAAAAGGAAUCUUCGACUUUGGCAAACUUCUCAAGCAAAGUAAACUGUGCUAGCUUAAAUAAGAUUUGAAAAUUUAAGAUUAUUUUGGUCCUCUGCAACUAAAAUUAAACAAGGAAUAGAGAAGAGGAAUAUUUGCAAGUUAAGAUAUUAAAAAAGGUCAGCUAAUACUUGCAGAGAUGCCAAUCUACCAUAAUGAAAUCAAAUCUAUAACAGAUCUAUAAUUCUUCAUUAUGUAAAACUUCAUCUACCUUGAAUCACCUGAUCAUGUCCCUUUAAUUAGAAACGCUUAAUAAUCGAUGUUAAAUAAAAUGGAGGAGGCAAGAUGGCUUAAGUAUCUUGACAUUGGGCAUAAUUAAUAAUAAUUAUUUGAUUUAAAGAGAUUAAUAAAGAAGGAUAGAAUUGACAACGAUUUUGAAUAAAUUGGAUAUCAUUAAGUUAAUAAGAUAAUGCAGCUUACCAAAAGAGAUUGCAUUUAAGUUGAUAUUUAGUUUGGUCAAAAAUUAGAAAAAGAUUUUUACCCUUUAAAUUGCGUAUGGCCAGUCUUCUCUUUGAUUAAUCACAGUUGUGACAGAAAUGUCUAGAAUUUCCAGAUAGGUUUGAAUAAUUUUGUAGUAGCUACUAAAGAUAUUAAAGAGGGUGAGGAGAUACUAGUUAGCUUAACCCCUAGAUAUAUUCCCACAGAAGAGAAAUUAGCCUGUUGCUUUGGGAAAAAUCAUCCACUUUAUAUUGAAAUUUAAAAAUUCUUUAAAGGCUUAUUCCUAGAGUUAUUCAGAAAUGACGACAAAUUUUUUGAAUAGAUAUUUACUAGCUAGUGA